AUGGGUAUUUUAACUGAACUUUAUAGAAAAGCUAGAAAAACUUGUGUUUUUAAUAAACGUGCAAAUUGGAGUGAUAGUGUUUUUAGAACUUUUUGCAGUAAGGUACAGGAAACUAAAUCGGAUGCCCAUAAUGGAACUGAAUGGCCGCGACGAAUUGUCUCGGGUCUCCAACCUACCGGCGAGCUUCACGUAGGCAAUUACUUUGGUGCACUUCGUCGUUGUGUGCGUCUGCAAGAACAGGGCGAAGAUGUGAUGCUGUUCAUUGCCGAUCUACAUUCAUUUACUACUCGCCAGGAUCCGAAACAACUGCAGGAGCGCACACUUGAACUGACCGCCCUCGCCCUGGCGGCGGGGCUCGAUCCCGAGCGCAGCGUGCUGUUCCAGCAGUCGGCAGUGGCGCGCCACGCGGAGCUGUGCUGGCUUCUGGCCUGCCUGGCCACGCACGCGCGCCUCGCGCAUCUCCCGCAGUACAAGGAGAAGUCCGCCACUAUGAAGGAGGUGCCCAUCGGCCUGCUACUGUACCCUGUUCUUCAGGCGACGGAUAUUCUGGUGUACCGCGGCACGCACGUGCCCGUGGGAGCUGAUCAGCUACAGCAUUUGCAAGUAGCCGCGCAACUGGUGAAAACCUUCCAGCAUCGCUAUGGACCUGCUUUUCCUACUCCACGACCUCUGCUACCUGAUGAUGGCAGCGACAGAAUUAAAAGCCUGCGUGAUCCUUCAAAGAAGAUGUCAAAGUCUGAUCCAGACCCUAAAUCAAGGAUAUUAUUAACAGACUCUGAUGAUACAAUCAGACUUAAGAUAAGAAAAGCUGUCACAGACUUUACACCCCAGGUGACAUAUGACCCAGAGAAUCGUCCCGGGGUGUCGAACCUGGUGGCGCUGCACUGCCUGGCGAACGGGCUGGUGCCCGAGGAGGCGGUGGAGGAGGCCGAGGGCCUGAGCACGGCGCAGUACAAGGGCGUGGUGGCGGAGGCGCUGUGCGGCGCGCUGGGCCCGCUGCGCGCGCGCGCCCUCGAGCUGCGCGCCCGGCCCGAGCUGCUGCGGCCCGUGCUGCGCCACGGCGCCGCGCGCGCCCGCCGCCGCGCCGACCGCGUCUACGAGGACGUGGCGAGCCUCGCCGGCCUCGCGCCCCCGCCGCCCCCGCUACAUUCGCACGCACUGCGCGUGUGC